UAUCGCUGAAGACCAGCCAGGUUAAUGAUCUUACGGAAAAGUUACACGAAAAACAACGCGAAGUGCAUAGUUUUAAAAAACAGUUGGAGUCAGUGCACUCUGAAAAAAUGAUGCUUCAACGUAACUUAGAAAAUACCACUCAAGAGCGGGACAAUUUUAGAAUCCUUCAAGCAAAAUCUGGUCAUCAAAUUCAGCAACUGACCACUGAAAUAAGCGCAAACGAAGUAAAAAUAAAUUCUUUAAAUUUAAAAAUAGAACAUCUCAAUAAUUAUAUAAAAGAACUUCAAUCGGACCUUAAAAAUAAAGAAAACUUAGUGGCUGGCUUACGUAAGGAUAUGAGAGAGAUGAAAGCAAAAAACGAAAUGUUAGCAAAGACAAUAUCAAACGAUGAACUAAAGUUUAUGAAAAUGGGGCACGAAUUGGAAGAAAUGAGAAAGGAACGUAAUCUAGUUGGAUUGCAAAUGGUACGACGGAAUGACGAGAUUGUUGUUAUAAAAGAAAAGCUUCAAAUUGCUCAAAAUGCCCUUGAUAAUGGAACAACACAAUAUAAUCAACGUGUGGAAGAUAUAAGAUUACUAAAGAAAGAGAUUUCUAAUCUUCACACUGAAAGUGAAUGUCUAAAACAUGCAAUUAAAAGUACUGCUGACAUGAGAAAGGAAAUUGUACGCCUCCAGCGCGCUCUUAAUCAAGAACAUAUUCGUAUACGUGCUCUAACUGAAGACGCAAGAACACCAACAGGAGUACAUCGGUGGCGUAUAUUAAAAGGAGAAGAUCCCAAGAAAUUUGAAUUGCUUGAAAAAUUACAACUAUUGCAAAAACGGUCCCUAAAGCAAUCAAUAGAAAACUCUAACAUCAAAAAUAAAUUGUGUGAGGCUCAAAAGACUAAUGAAACAUUAAAACGGAUGCUAUCUCAUAUGCCGACUGUGGAGAUAAAGCAUAAGCUAGUAGUACAACAGCGUAUAAACCGACAAAUGGCAAAAAGACUAAAGACUUUAGCAGCAGAGCGUUCAUUAGAUAUGGUCGAACUUAAAUCAAGACAAUGUAUUAUAAAUAGUUAUGCAGGAAAAAUUAGUGAAAUUGGAGAGUUGCCAUUUCUUUCGGAUUUAAAAAAUGAAUUAAAAUCAGGAAUAUUAGACGUAAAAAAUGAAAUCUCUAAGUCGAACAUGUCAUUGGUACCACAAGAGUAUAUGGAAUGUGGCUUGUUUUCAGAUGCCGAUACAAAAACAUCAACAAUGUGUGCGAAAUUAACGGAUAGUUUAAAUCCCAAAAUGUUUAAGCACCUUUAAAAUGUUUGUAUUUCUAUAUUCAAGAUGCAAUUAUUAAAUAAAUUUUUUUU